AUGGUAUAUAUUCCACGAAGAUUCAACAGAUUCGCUGCAGUUUUUGACGUGGCGGCAACGCGUGCACAUCCACCGUGCGAUAGCAGCAGCGGGAGCGAUCACUUUCCGGAGGAGACACAGGAUCUUUGGGAUCUGAUCGAAUCUUUUAUCGACAGGGAAGGGAAAGUUUUAUCGGAUGAGGUUUCUCCUGGGGAAGAAAACGAUGAUAAAUCAGACGUUGAUGAUGAUUAUGAAGAAGUGAAGGAGAGGUUACGGGAAAUUCGUGAGAAUCACGGAGGAGGCGGAGAGCGGCGGAGAAUAGUUGAUGAGGUAGUAAAUGCAAGUGAGUUCGUCGGAGAGAAACGACACUUGAUGGCUUAUCUACGUAACAAAGGUUAUGAUGCAGGUCUUUGCAAGUCCCGGUGGGAAAGAUUUGGCAAUAACACGGCCGGAAAGUACGAGUACGUUGACGUUAAUGGAGGAGAUAAGAACCGUUUUAUCGUCGAGACAAAUCUUGCCGGAGAAUUUGAGAUUGCUCGGCCUACGACAAGAUACAUUUCUCUCUUAGCACAACUACCACGUGUCUUUGUUGGAACACCUGAAGAGCUGAAACAGCUUGUGAGGAUCAUGUCCUUAGAGAUAAGACGGUCGAUGAAGCGAGCAAAAAUUCACGUGCCUCCGUGGAGGAGGAACGGUUAUAUGCUAGCCAAAUGGUUCGGCCACUAUAAACGAACAUCCAACGAAGUGGUGACUAAGGUUAAGAGCUGUGGUUGCGGACCACGUGUUGGGUUCGAAGAAUCGGUUAAAGCGGUUAGGUUUAACAGUUCUACGGAGGCGGAGUGGAAGAGGAUUGGUUUAAAGGUUGGCCAGCUCACGAUGGCUUUCAAAGGCGGUGAGGUGAGGCUGUGAUAGUCAAGAAUAAAGCAUAUGCCUCUGAGAGUUUAUGAUUAAGAUGUUUGGAUUAUGCUGUGAAUAUAGAUAAAGUUUUGUUGGGGAUUAGAAAACUAGAGAAGCAAAGCAAGUAAGCAACUAUGUACAAAGUUACUGAUUAGUACAUGAAUCUGUCUACUGCAAUUACUUUUUAAAGAGUCUGUUUUUAAAGAGUCUAGUACAUGAAUCAUUGGCCCAACUCAAUGAAGUUUCGUAUUUAGAGUCU